AACGUCCACCUAGCGAGAGUUAUCAUCAAUUCUUUUCUCUGUCUGUCUUGUCUUCUCUCUUACUGGAACUAAAAAAUGGGUCGGUACUCACGUGAACCAGACAACCCGACCAAGUCUUGCAAGGCUAGGGGCUCCAACCUCCGCGUCCAUUUCAAGAACACGAGGGAAGCCGCUAACACCAUCAAGCGUAUGCCUUUGAGGAGAGCGAUUGCCUUCCUCAAGAAUGUCAUCCAGCAUAAGGAAUGUGUCCCAUUCCGUCGUUACAAUGGAGGUGUUGGCCGGUGCGCACAGGCCAAACAAUGGGGUACUACCCAGGGACGUUGGCCCAAGAAGUCUGCUGAAUUUCUGUUGCAGUUGUUGAAGAAUGCAGAGUCCAAUGCUGAUCUUAAGGGUCUCGAUGUUGAUCACUUGGUCAUUGACCACAUUCAGAUCAACCGAGCCCCCUACAUGCGCCGAAGAACCUACCGCGCUCACGGAAGAAUCAACCCAUACAUGAGCAGCCCUUGCCAUUUGGAAGUUAUCCUGUCUGAAAAGGAGGAUGUCGUUUCCAAAGUCAAGGAUGAUGAGCCCUCCAAGAAGAAGGUUUCCAAAAAGAAGUUGGCUCGCCAAAAGCUGUCCCAGAGGGAAUAAAUUUUUCCCUGUAUGCGCUUUUGUUAACCCUUUGUGUUACCUGAAAUACAACGCUGGUGACAUUCGA